AUGAUGUCGCGCUCAUCGUCCCGGUCCAGCAGUACCGCGACCCGCAUCGAAGCGUCUGGGUCACGAGAGAAGGAGAAGGAUACUGCACGAGGCGAAGCUGGCGCACCGGGGCCCACAUUGGAGGACGUUGAGAAGCAAGGCGGCAAGGAGGCUUCUGGCAGACGAGAUGUGCUGCCGUCUGAGGGCAAGGAGGCUGCGGGAACGGCGAAUGGGACUGCUACGCCGCAGGAGCGAGACGAGGACGGCGUCGCGAUUGAGAACGGCGUGCCCAUUGUGCGGUUGCGAGGACCCGACGACCCUCUAUCACCCCUCAAUUUCUCGAAAGCCCGCAAAUGGCUCAUCGUAUCCAUCGUCACCUCCGGUGCAUUCUGCAUCACCUGCUGCUCGUCCAUGAUCGCCUUCACCUAUCCCGGCGUCGAGCGCGAGUUUCAUGUCAGCGCUGAGGUCGCGACACUUGGCUUGUCGCUCUUCGUCCUGGGCAUGGGUAUCUUCCCUCUGCUUGUUGGACCGCUGUCCGAGUGGUACGGCCGCUCACCCGUCUACUUCGUCGGUUUCGCCGUCUACAUCGCCUUCAACUUCGGUGUCGCCUUCGCAAACAACAUUGCGACGCUCCUCAUCUGCCGCUUCCUCUCCGGCGCCUUCGCCUCGUCGUUCCUCUCGGUCGCAGGAGGGACGGUGGCGGAUUUGUUCAGGCCGCAGGAGACCGGCGCGCCGAUGAGCGCUUAUACGGCGGGUCCCUUCCUCGGACCCGUCGCUGGACCAAUCAUCUCCGGCUUCAUCAACCAGAACCUCGACUGGCGAUGGACGUGGUACAUCCUCCUCAUCUGGUCAGCAGUCGAGUUCGUCGCCCUGCUCGUCUUUGUCCCCGAAACCUACCUCCAAGCGAUCCUCAAGAAGAAGGCGCAACGUCUGCGCAAAGCAGGUCGGACGGACGUCCGCGCACCAGUCGAAGUCGACGAGCGGAGUAUCGCGACGGUCAUCAUGGUGUCGUGCUAUAAGCCUUUCCAGAUCCUCGCGACGGAACCAAUGGCUCUGGCGCUGUGCACAUGGACGGCACUGCUUCUCGGCAUUCUCUAUAUGUUUUUCUCAGCAUUCAAUAUUGUUUACGGAGCAGAAGGUUACGGCUUCAAGAUGCAGAUUGUUGGUCUGACAUACAUCCCAAUCGGUAUCGGCAUCGUCGCUGGUGCGCUGUGUCACCCAAUCUGGGCUCGCUACUACCGCCUCAAAGCAACCCAACUAGGCCGCCGCCCUCCUCCCGAGGAACACCUCCGCAAAGGCCUCUGGGGCGUCUGCCUCGUCCCCGUCUCACUCUUCUGGUUCGCGUUCACGACGUAUACGAGCGUCCAUUGGAUUGUGUCGUUGAUUGCGACCGUCCCAUUCGGCGUCGGACUCGUGUGGUCCUUCCAAGCCGUCUUCGUCUACCUCGUCGACGCCUUCCGACCCGUUGCGGCAAGCGCCAUGGCAGCCAACUCGGCUAUGCGAAGCUCGUUCGCAGCCGCCUUCCCACUCUUCACGAUCCAAAUGUUCCACCGUCUCGGCGCCCAGUACGCCCUCAUGCUCACAGCCUUCCUCUGCCUCGCGAUGGUCCCCUUCCCCUUCCUUUUCUUCAAGUUGGGCCACAAGUACAGGCGAGGGAGCAAGUUUGCCAAUACAGAGGACUGA